AAAAUGUUGAUUAUUUAAACUAGAAGAGGUGAACUGAGAAAAUAAGAACAUGUCCACUAUAUAAAUAACAAUGUGGGUGAAGCUGCAGCUUUCCAUUUUCUCUAACAAAGAGGGUAAUGGUUAACAAAUCUUCUUCUCCCCAAGAAUCCUCCAUUUCAGGAGUUUUGCCGCGCAAUGAGAGACGGAAUUGGGCAGCUUCUCCCUCUGAUGUUCUUAAUCAUUUUGGAACCAGCGGCCUCUCCGUCGCCAUCGCCACCGCCGUUACUCACCCUUUAGAUGUACUUAAAGUUAGGUUGCAAAUGCAACUUGUGGGGCAGAGGGGGCCUUUGAUUGGAAUGGGACAAGUAUUUGUGCAACUGUUGAAUAAUGAAGGGCCAAAGUCUUUGUAUUUGGGGUUAUCACCAGCUCUGACAAGAUCAGUUCUCUAUGGAGGUCUCCGUCUAGGUUUAUAUGAACCAUCAAAGCAUGCUUCUGAUCUGCUUUUUGGGUCUACUAAUAUAUUUGUUAAGAUUGGAGCUGGAGCAAUUGCUGGUGCAGUUGCAACUGCUCUAACCAAUCCAGUUGAAGUUCUCAAGGUGCGAUUACAGAUGAAUCCAAACUCAACCAAAGGACCAAUGAAAGAAAUGUCCAGAAUUGUUUCUGAGGAGGGACUAAAAGCUCUUUGGAAGGGUGUUGGUCCUGCUAUGGCCAGAGCAGGUGCUUUGACAGCAUCUCAGCUGGCGACAUAUGAUGAAUCAAAGCAGCUUUUAGUUAAGUGGACGCCCUUACAAGAAGGAUUUUCUUUGCAUCUCAUCUCAAGUACAGUAGCUGGAGUGGUGAGUACUCUCAUGACAACGCCUAUUGACAUGAUUAAAACACGUCUUAUGUUACAACGUGAGUCUAAAAGAGUUGGAAAUUACAAGAACGGACUACAUUGUGCAUAUCAGAUUGUCUCAUCAUGGAUUUAUGGAAUUAAUUUCAGAUUGUGCUAACUGAAGGGCCUUUGGCACUUUACAAGGGGGGCCUAGCCAUUUUUGCAAGAUUGGGUCCACAAACCACAAUCACAUUCAUAGUCUGUGAGAAGUUACGCCAGCUUGCAGGAUUAAAUGCAAUCUAGACGUAAAUCCAACUAUAUAGUUCCAACUUCAAGUGACAAACAUUUAAUCUCUUUUUCACCCCCUCCAACCAAAAAAAAAAAAAAGAAAGAAGAAGAAGAAGAAGAAGAAAGGUGAUAAAAGACAUCUCCUAUUUAUUGAAUUGCUGAUCUACCCCUCGUAUUAUUUCUAUUUGGUCAAUUGUUUACCCCCUUGAGGAAUCCGUUUCCACCCCAUUUCUUUCUCAACCGAGGCCCUUAGGUACCCGGUCACCCAUCGGUCAUUGGGGAGGCUCCUAUGAGCUUCAAGAGACAAUAAGAAUUUUAAAAUACCUAGUUUUUCAUCUAGUGGUUAAACUCGAAGUCUAGGCCACCUCGAUGUGCACUUAUUAUACAGAAUUGUUCUUCCGAUUGAAUUCCAGAUUGAUUAUAUUCUUAAGAUUAUUAUAUCCCUUGGAAAGGGUCAGAAUUGGACAUGGUUGAAAUGAUAUGUGUAUAUUAAAUUUCCUCUAUUAUAAUUUUUUGGUGUGAACUGAAAACUGUCUUAGUUGACCAGCCUCUGGCUGUAUUUGAACAAACAACCCCAAAAUUUUAAGAUUUAAUUGCUUUUUAGGCUUA